GGCCAAAGUUGAAAUCUCAAGAGUGUAUCCAGCUUGAUUUGAGUCCAACAAAAUCGAUAUACCAGUUUUGCUUCUUAUUUCUUGAACACACUGAGCUUUUUCUCUCGUUCCAUCAUCACAACAACCUGAUUCAGACAACCACCUGCAGUUUCUGAAAGGUGGAGACGCCUCUCAACGACAUCGCAUAGCUACUUCUCCGCACCUCACAAAGUCUUCUUCUCACCCUCACCUCAGAAACACAUCUCACUCACACGUCUCACCCGACGUCUCGUCCGCCAUGGCUAAGGCAAAGGGGAAAAAGGGCAAGUCCGAGUCCAAACAGGCCAAGCUCGCCGAGAAGAAGCAAAAGCAAGAGAAAAAGGCGGACAAAAAGUCAAAGUCCAAGGCGUCCAAAAACAACGGCGACGUCGACUCGGACGACGACGUCGAUCUCGAUGCCGUCCUCGAGGAGAUGCGCCUGCAGCAAGAGCAGCACCACAGAAUCACCGAGACAGUCCUCGACGCCCCACCCCCCGUCAGCAGCUACGCCUCCUUCCUCGCCAACCCCGUCAACUCCAACCAGCUGCUCCUCUUCGGCGGCGAGCUCUACGACGGCGCCCGCGCCAGCUUCUUCAACAAGCUCUACGUCUACUACAUCGACAAGGACGAGUGGCGCUCCAUCACCUCCCCCAACGCCCCCCUCCCCAGGUCCUCCCACGCCUGGUGCCGCGGCGGCAACGACUCCAAGUCCAUCUACCUCUUCGGCGGCGAGUUCUCCUCCCCCAAGCAAGGAACCUUCUACCACUACUCCGACUUCUGGAAACUCGACUGCUCGACCAAAGAGUGGACCCGCGUCGAGACGAAAGGGAAAUCCCCCCCGGCCAGGUCGGGUCACCGCCUGACCUACUACAAGCAGUACAUCAUCCUCUUUGGCGGGUUCCAAGAAACAACCGGCGAUCACAAGUACCUCGGUGAUGUCUGGAUCUACGACACCACCAACUUUGUCUGGCACACCCCCUCCCUCCCCCCGGCCCAGCUCAAGCCCGAUCCCCGGUCCAGCUUCACUUUCUUGCCCCACGACCAGGGCGCCGUCCUGUACGGCGGUUUCUCCCGGGUCAAGGUCAACCCCGGCGCGGGAAAAGGCGGGCAGCAAUCGGGCAAGAAGUCAAAGGGCGGCGGUUAUGGAGCCAAAAUGACAAAAGUGGUGGGCAUGAUCCACACGGAUUGUUUUUUUCUGCGCGUCACUCCCCCGCCGUCGGACGCACCGCAGGGCGCCCUUCCGACAGUGAGAUGGGAGCGAAGAAAAAAACCGGCCAACGCGCCCAACCCACCCCGUACCGGCGCCGCGAUGGCGUUCCACAAGGGGAGAGGGAUCAUGUUUGGGGGUGUGCAUGAUCAUGAGGAGACGGAGGAGGAUGUCGACUCUGAUUUUUUCAACCAGCUUUUCGCGUGGAAUAUUGAGCGAAACAGGUUCUUUCCUCUUGGACUGAGGAAACCGAGGACUAAUAAUGCUGGGAAAAAGGGGGGUAGUGGUGGUGGUGAGCGUGGAGGGAGAAGGGGGAAUCGGCAGGCUAAUGAGGAGGAAUUGCUGAGGUCUUUGGCGAAGCUUACUGCUGCUGGUGGUGGUGGUGGUGGUGGUGGUGAUGAUGAUGAUGAUGUGAUGGAUAUUGACCUGCCUGGUGAACAGGAACCUGACGAACCGCCGGCCAGGAAGGAGUUUCCUGUCAGCAAUGAGCUGCCUCAUGCGAGGUUUAACGCUCAGCUUGCGGUGCAGGAUGAUGUGUUGUAUAUUUACGGCGGGAUUAUGGACAAGGGGGGCAGGGAUGUCGUUUUUGAUGACAUGUACGCGAUUGACCUUGGGAAGUUGGAUGGGUGCAAGGAGAUUUUCAAUAGGCCUUUGCCGGACUGGAUUGAAUCCGAGGAUGAAGAUGAUGAUGACGAGGAUGACGACGAGGAAGAUCACUCCGACUCGGAAGAGGAAGAAGAUGAAGGUGAAGAUGAAGAAAUGGAGGACGGUGUUGAAAAGAACAACAGCAAGCCCUUCACCCCUUCCAAACGCGGGAGGAAAACUCCCGCUUCUUCGGCCGCUGACGCGGAAUCUACUCCUUCGGAGCGAGAAGACGGGGAGGCGGAGACUGCUGCCGCUGCUGCUGAGGAGCAAGAAGAAGUGGUGGAUGACGGCUUGCCCCAUCCGAGACCGUUUGAGAGCCGCAGGGACUUUUUCCAGAGGACGUCGAACGAGUGGCAGGAGAUUUUGAUGACCAAUCUGAGGUGGAAGAACAUCCAGCCUGAGACGCUGAGCAUCAAAGAGAUCAAGUCCAAGGCUUUCGAGCUGAGCGAGGAGAAGUGGUGGGAUUGCAGGGAGGAGAUCACGGCUAUGGAGGACGAGCAGGAGGCUGCCGGGAUUGGGGAGGUGGUUUCGCUUGCUGAUAGGGCCGAGGGCGGUGGGCACGGGGGUGGUGCUGCGAGGAGGCGUUGA